GACAGCCAUCAGCCGGGACAUUUCUGUGAAAAUCGUGAUCGUAUGUGGGGAAUAUAAGUUUACAGGAGAGGCUGAUCGAGUGAGGGUCGGUAUACGUAAUAGGCUAGAGGGUGAGAUUAGUGAAUCUGUGAGCGGUGACACGCUAAAGGUGUACAGAAAACGUCGACCCGGGGAGAGUUUGCACUUCCGGUAUUCGGCUGCCAUUUUUCGUUGGCGGAUCAGCUCUGCGGUGACAGGUACAGUUCUGUGCCCAGGUCACUUUUAUUUCCUCUACUCUGGAGACACGAAACCCCUAGAAAGUAGAUCGCUCGCCUCAACAUGCCGCUAGGAAUAUUCGGAAAGAAGAAAUCAAACAUUUCAAAGGACGUUCAUGGGAGCUUAGUGGAGAGCCAACAGACAAAUAACGAUGAGCCGCCCCGCCCAAGCACGGAGGCCCCGCCACCCAGUAAGACGGCAGAGGUGUCGGGCAAUGGCUCGGCAGCCCGACCUGCCGUACCCCGACAGAACGAUCCCCAGCCCCCACGACCCAAACUCGUGUUCCAUUGCCAACAGGCACACGGCAGUCCCACCGGUAUCAUUUCGGGCUUUACUAACGUCAAGGAGCUAUAUCAGAAAAUCGCCGAUUGUUACGAUCUAAAAGUCCAAGAUCUGUUGUUUUGUACACUAAACACACACAAGGUUGAUAUGAGCAGGCUACUCGGUGGACAGAUUGGAUUGGAAGAUUUCAUAUUCGUGCACAUCCGUGGCCAGCCAAAAGAGGUGGAGGUGACAAAGUCAGAAGACGCUCUAGGACUCACAAUUACAGACAAUGGUGCAGGAUACGCUUUUAUUAAACGCAUUAAGGAGGGAAGCAUAAUGCAUAACGUGCCCUUGGUCAGUGUGGGUGAUCAUAUUGAAAAGCUGGACGAUAAAUCUCUUAUUGGAUGUCGACAUUUUGAAGUGGCUAAGAUGCUGAAAGAAAUUCCCAAAGGCACAACAUUUAAGCUCCGACUGGUCGAACCACUUAAGUCCGGUUUCUCUGUUAUAGGUCCAAGCACUGGUGGUAAGAAAGGCAGUGGUAGUGUAGGCACUGGCAAACAGACGUUACGACUUCGAUCUAAGGGACCAGCAACAGUAGAAGUGCCUGACGAUGUGGUGAAUGUAGCUGUGGACAAAAUCAAUGGCCUCUUGGAAUCUUUCAUGGGCAUCAAUGACACAGAACUCUCCCAAACCAUCUGGGAAAUGGGAAGUAAGAGGGAUAAUCCCCAUGAUUUUGCCUUGGCAUUGGACGAAUCAGAACUGUCAGGGUUUGGCUUUACAGAUGACUUUGUGUUCGACCUCUGGGGAGCCAUUAGCGAUGCAAAGCAAGGACGACUGAACAAAGCCCAAGAGUUCAGUGAACAGUUCUAGGCUUCUCUUUUAUUAGGUUAUUUUGUUUGAAGAAUAUGUAUGUAUGUCAAAGGGCAGUAUGUUUUAAUCGUAUGGUAUGUCUGUUUACCUGGUAAUAUCUGUAAGCUGGUAUACAUUCCUUGUUAUAUGUUGGAAAUGUUUGUAUAUUUAGUGGUUACACAUUUUGCUGUUGUGUAUAUAUGAAUAUAUAUAUAUAUAUAAAAUGGUUUCGUUGGCAUGCAAUGGUUAGCUACCCUAUCUGACUAGUGUCGAGAAUAUAGACACUUAAUUUAUAGGAAUUAACUUCCAGUUAAUUUUUUCUGUAAUUCAGUGUGAUGUUUUCCAGUUAUUAUUGCAGUGUAUAUUUUUUGUUAGACAUUUGUAUAUGAUGGAAUUUCUAAGCUUUGUAACAUGUAUAUACAUGAAUCAUUGCGUAAAUUCAUGUUAGCCCGUAACUGUUGUACAUGGAAAAAACCUACAUAAUCAAGAUGUCAAAAAGAGAUAAACUAUCUUCAGAAAUAUUUGUAAAGCAGAGAAACCUUGUGUUGUAUUUGAGUGUUCCUUGCAUUGAAUUGUUGGCAAAUUAUUCUGUCCAAAGAAAACCAGGGAAUUCAUCAGAAAGCAUUUAAACCAUCUUACAGGUGUCUACACAUGAUUUCAGUAAUAAUGUCUAAAGAGGCCAUACCACAUAUAUUCUUAUAUUAAACCAUGUACAAGUAAGCCAUGAAUUUCGAUGGAUUAUGAAAUAAUCAAUAGUUUAUUAUGCCUUUUGUAAUCAAUCUGAGAUAAUGAGUUUUUCUGUUGAUUAACCUAUAUGUUGUGUAAUGGUACAUGUUAACAGCUGGUUUGUUUAAUAUGAAAACAGGCUACAUUUAAUUGCAUAUUAAUAUUUUAAUAAUAUAACAAGUACAUGCUUCUGGGAAGUAAAUUGCACUUGUUCAAUCCGAGUUCAAUACAACCAAAUCAAUCAAAUAACUUAAUACAAGCUUUAAGAUUAAAAUAAAAUUUUUGCAAAUUAGUAAAAAUUUGAAGGCAAUGAAAUGAUCUAAUUAACCUGCAACGCGUGCUGCAUGGAAGUGGCUAGAUAGAAAUUAAGAUUCUUUAUAUACAUGUAGAUAAAAUAAUCAAUUGUAAGUUUUCAUUAAUAGCGCAUGGUGUGAUGAUAAUGAUGGUCAUGACAUCUACAGAUAAUGUGUUUCAUUUCCUUUGAUCGUGUAUUUCAGAUCAAUACACUUAUGUAGUACAUGUAUUGUACACCUGUCAUACUCAGAGAUACAUGGACAGUGCAUUGAUUCAGUGAUUAAGAAAUCGUCUUAUCAUGUGAUAUACAUUAAUGUAAUUUAUUCUGAAAGUUAAAUAUAUCUAGUAUGUUCUUUUUUGAUUCGCCACAAAUUGUCAAAAGAAUCGCAUGGAUUGGACAGGGUGAGGUUAGGAUCGAGUGCUGUUGUAUGUUUUGAUUCAAAAUUAAGCUGACUGGUUGAGAUGGAAGUAUUUCUACCCACAAAUGCAUCUGCAGAAUAACAAGCCAAACCAUCAUGUCUGAAUAUAAACCCUCCACUUUUAUAACGUGAUGUUUAUACAUUGCUUUAGCAAACAUAGUAGGUGUAUGUGAUAAUCACAGUUUAUCAAGAAUUGAUUAAUUAAAGGGAAACUGAUUCAUAAUGUUACAUUCCUUCAAUUUUCAUCAACAGAUUUGUAUUCUUUUAUUUUUGAAAUUGUAUUUUUCAGAAAUAAAACUGAUAAGAAGUAAAAAAUUAGUAUAAAAAAUAUUACUAAAAUAUAGUAAUACAUUAAUUAACGAAGCACUACACAUGUUAAAGCAAGAACAUAGCCUGAUUUCUAUGCAUGCAACACUUUCUAAGGUGACAUUUUGUGUUGAGCGAAUUUUCAUCCCUAUCAGUUUUGAUGACGUUUUUUGCAGAUAUGUAUUUAUAUAGGAAAGUUUGGCACUGAAAUAAUUUUGAUUGAUCAUAAAAAAUAAAUAUAUCAGCAAGCGUUUGCCAAAUUUUGUAAUUUAUAAUUUUGGUUACAGGUAUUUAAAAAUUUUCUGCUUAUGCAAAAUUCUGUCCUCAAAUAUAUCAGAAUGUACAAUAUGUCUUUUCGCUUGGUGGUGAAGAAAAAGUGAAGCAGUUCUCUAAAACUGAGGAAGAAGUACAUCAUGUAUUUCACUCUACCCAUUAAGAAACAGUAGUGUGAUUUCAGACUACAUGAUGGCCGUUCAUGGUUUUGUGGUCGCUUUUGCACCUUUAUAUUCUGUCAAAGAAUAGCAACUUAGGAGAUACUUAUGCAAAUAUUGCUCAAUUUGUACGACUGCUACCUUUGUACAGAGACCCAUCUUUAAACAUCCUAUUCCUACCACAUUCCAUCAUAUUAGAGCGUUUUCUAUUUUCUAAAUUUUCAUAUCCUUGAUCAUCUUGACCUUUUGAAUGACAUGCCAUGUUUUAGUAAUCAUUCCAAAUGUAUUUAAUAGUUAUAUCUAAACAGUGUGCUGUAGAUUUUACUGUGUGUUACAGAAGCCAAGUGAAUAUGACCACUGUUAAAGGUUAACAGAAAAUGAAACCUAACUCAAAUUCCACAUAUUAUUAUUGUAGGCAUGAUAAUUAUUCCGUUGUAUCAUAACUUAUAGUGUAUUAUAUUAUCAAUGUGUGAUCUGAUAAUUGCAUAGAUACAGCAUUUGUUACAACAGCUACAUGUUAACACAUACAUGUGAGCACCUGAAUGUUGCCUGUUAUCGGGAAUGGUUGUGUUUCAUUGUUUACAUGUAUUCUAUGGGUAUCCCUUUGUAGUGCGGUUUGUUUUUUCGUGUGAAGGUCACAUAGACAUGAAUGACAGGAAAAGUUAUCAG